GUUGGAAUCCAGUUGUUUUCUUGCACGGGCCCCCCUUGCCCGGUUGCUUGCAAGAAAGCUGCAGAAUUUGGGUAGUACAUUGUAUCCUAUAAGAGAAAUAAACCUGCUAGAUCAUGUGCACGACAAAUUCUGUUGAAGCCAAAGAGUUCUCCCAUGGCGACGGCCGCGUCCACCACCACCGGCGGCGGCGGCGGGCUGUCGCGGUCCGCCUCCGCCAUCGUCGCCGUCACCGAGAGCGGGCAGCACCAGCUGAGGAUCGACGGCUACUCCCACACCCUGGACGUCCCGACCGGCAGCGACAUCAAGUCGCCGCCCUUCCGCGUCGGCGGCCACAGCUGGCGCGUCUGCUACUACCCCAACGGCCUCAGCUCGGCGUGGUCCGAGUACAUCUCCCUCUUCCUCCGGCUCGACGGCGGCGUCCCGGAGGGCGUCUGGGCCCGGCACACGUUCAGCCUGCUCAGCAGCGAGGGCAAGCCGCCGGUGCCGUACUUCACCAACACCGGGAAGAGGAUCUUCACCGACUGGGGCACCUCGGCCCUCAUCAGGAGGAGCGAGCUCGAGAGCUCCGAGCACCUCCGGGGCGACAGUUUCACGAUAAGGUGCGACGUCACGGUCACGAAGGAGAUCCAGACGAGGAGCGUCGACGUCGUCGUCGGCGCCGGCGCGGCCCCGCCGCCUCCAGAGCUGCACCGCCAUCUGGCCGGCCUCCUCGCGACCGGGGAGGCCGCGGACGUGGCGUUCGAGGUGGACGGCAGGACUUUCAUGGCGCACCGGUGCGUGCUCAUGGCUCGAUCGCCGGUGCUCCACGCUCAGCUCUCCGGCGGCGGCGGCGGCGGCUCUACCAUCGCCGUACGGGUCGAGGACAUGGAGGCGCAGGACUUCGAGGCUCUGCUCCGCUACAUGUACACCGACUCGUUGCCGGAGAUGGGCGGCGAACAAGGGGAAGCGGCGGCGAUGCUCCCGGACCUGGUGGCGGCGGCGAACAGGUACGGGAUGGAGAGGCUGAGGCUGCUCUGCGAAGACCGGCUGCGCGAGCUCGUGGAUGCGAGGACCGUGGCGGCGAUCCUCGCCUUCGCCGGCGAGCACCAUUGCCACGGGCUCAAGGACGCAUGCUUGCGAUUCCUCAGUGAUCCUGAAAAUCUAAGAGAGGUCGUCAAGACCAACGGCCUCGAGCAUGUGAGCAAGAGCUGCCCCUCUGUUCUGGUGGACCUAAUCGCCAAGCUUGCUGCAGAGUAGCUAAUUCAGUCACCAGAACAACGAUGCAUCAAGAUACUACUAUGUAAAUAGUAAUAGUCAAGCAGUGUUAUUAAAUAAAAAUGAUUAAAUGGGAGACGGCAGGUAAAACAUUUUUUUUA